UUAUACAGAAACCGCGUAUAAUUAUAAUUCGCGCAAAAAUAGAAUGACGUCACUCAAAAGCAUAAGAGGAAGCGCGCGCACCCUAAUCGCCAUAACAUCAUCGAAAAGCGACAAGGAAACAUUGAGAUCAUUUAGUACAGACAAAGACUACAGCUUAAGUAUGCAGAUCUUUGUAAAAACCCUCACUGGAAAGACCAUUACCCUCGAGGUAGAGCCAUCUGACUCCAUUGAGAAUGUGAAAGCCAAAAUUCAGGAUAAGGAAGGUAUCCCCCCAGAUCAGCAGAGAUUGAUCUUUGCCGGUAAACAGCUGGAAGAUGGACGUACAUUGUCUGACUACAACAUUCAGAAGGAGUCCACUCUCCAUCUUGUACUUCGUCUAAGAGGAGGCAUGCAAAUAUUUGUUAAGACACUUACUGGAAAGACCAUCACACUUGAAGUAGAACCAUCUGACUCCAUUGAGAAUGUGAAAGCCAAGAUCCAGGACAAGGAAGGAAUCCCCCCAGAUCAGCAGAGAUUGAUCUUUGCUGGUAAACAGCUGGAAGAUGGACGUACAUUGUCCGACUACAACAUUCAGAAGGAGUCCACUCUCCAUCUUGUGCUCCGUCUUCGAGGAGGUAUGCAAAUCUUUGUAAAGACACUUACUGGAAAGACCAUCACACUUGAGGUAGAGCCAUCUGAUUCCAUUGAGAAUGUGAAAGCCAAGAUCCAGGACAAGGAAGGAAUUCCCCCAGAUCAGCAGAGAUUGAUCUUUGCCGGUAAACAGCUGGAAGAUGGACGCACAUUGUCCGACUACAACAUUCAGAAGGAGUCCACUCUCCAUCUUGUACUCCGUCUUAGAGGAGGUAUGCAGAUCUUUGUAAAGACACUUACUGGAAAGACCAUUACCCUUGAAGUAGAACCAUCCGACUCUAUUGAGAAUGUGAAAGCCAAGAUCCAGGACAAGGAAGGAAUUCCCCCAGAUCAGCAGAGAUUGAUCUUUGCUGGUAAACAGCUGGAAGAUGGACGUACAUUGUCUGACUACAACAUUCAGAAGGAGUCCACUCUUCAUCUUGUGCUUCGACUUAGAGGAGGUAUGCAAAUUUUCGUAAAGACACUUACUGGAAAGACCAUUACCCUUGAAGUAGAACCAUCCGACUCCAUUGAGAAUGUGAAAGCCAAGAUUCAGGACAAGGAAGGAAUCCCCCCAGAUCAGCAGAGGUUGAUCUUUGCUGGUAAACAGCUGGAAGAUGGACGUACAUUAUCUGACUACAACAUUCAGAAGGAGUCCACUCUCCAUCUUGUGCUUCGACUUAGAGGAGGUAUGCAAAUUUUCGUAAAAACCCUAACUGGAAAGACCAUUACCCUUGAAGUAGAACCAUCUGACUCCAUUGAGAAUGUGAAGGCCAAGAUCCAGGACAAGGAAGGAAUUCCCCCAGAUCAGCAGAGAUUGAUCUUUGCUGGUAAACAGCUGGAAGAUGGACGUACAUUGUCGGACUACAACAUUCAGAAGGAGUCCACUCUCCAUCUUGUGCUUCGUCUUAGAGGAGGUAUGCAAAUUUUCGUAAAGACACUUACUGGAAAGACCAUUACCCUUGAAGUAGAACCAUCUGAUUCCAUUGAGAAUGUGAAAGCCAAGAUCCAGGACAAGGAAGGAAUUCCCCCAGAUCAGCAGAGAUUGAUCUUUGCUGGUAAACAGCUGGAAGAUGGACGUACAUUGUCCGACUACAACAUUCAGAAGGAGUCCACUCUCCAUCUUGUGCUCCGUCUUAGAGGAGGGUUUUGAAACAUACUUAAGCUGUGACAUCAUCAUAAACUCAUCUAAAACAAAACUGUUUAAGGACAUUUAUUAACUUCAGAAAGGAAUGAAUCUUGUAGACAUUUGCAUGGUGUUAUCAUUUUAAAAAUAUGGGAAAAGUAAGACCUUUAAUAUUAAAAACAUUCACAAAAUAAGAACUUUUUUUUAUAGUAAAUUUUUGGAUUUGGUAAGUAAAACUAUUGAUCAAAAGACUUUUUAUCUUGAAACUUUUGCAACUGAAUAAAAAUAAACGUUUCGGCAUAUUA